CUGCGCCCUCCGCCAGUCAAGAUGCAGUUUCUUUGGGUGGUUGUCGUCGUCUCCGCCAUGCCUUUGGUCGGGGCCAUCUUUAAUGAAGUUGGCCCCGUAGCCAGCGUCAAUUGCUCAACACCGUUUCAGAUCAUCAGCAGAGAAUCGAACAAUCUUGCUACAUACAUCCGCUGUCGUUUCUACAUUCCCCGUCAAGAGACGUGUCCUCGACAUCAGGUCUUAAGUCUGCGGGCUAAGCGAUGUGUCUAUCCUUCAAGCCUUGUCAGGCUGUGCAAUCCCACUUACAAGUUCUAUCCACCGAUGCCUAACUCGGUCAUAGGACGCAGUCCUGGCUAUUCCGGGGAUAACUCCUAAUGUACAACCUUAACAGUGCCCCCUGAAACAUAAGAGGUACCUUUCCCCAAAGAUAUAUCGCAUUCACAUCACAGUUUUGUGAUAUCACAGCUGC